AUGCUCUCAGAGCUGGCGGGCACCGCUCAAACGCCACCCUCCCUCAGGCACGUCGAGAAGAACGGCGGCUCCACGUUCCGCUCGUUGCUCGAGCAGAAUUCGCGGCACGGCCGCUGCGUCCGCGGCGGCAACCCCAGGCCGUGGGAUGUAGCGGAGGUCAGCGACGCUCUGCGGCGCGGGCAGCGGGUCUGUGCCGAGGCACACGGGGAGGUCGGCUACCUCUUUUGGUCGCGCGACGUGCCUCGCCUGCGCGCACUCGGCGUCAGUGCAGGUGGCUGCUCUGGCGUCAAGGUGUUCCUGCGCGUGCGUGAGCCCUUUGCGUGGUACGUCUCUUGGUUCCGUUGGGAGGCGGGCUACCGCGGCCUCGUGCGGCUCAACGAGAGCACGGCGGGCGCGAUGGAGCACCCUGCUGAGACUCUCCUCCCAAUUCAGGCGCGGAAGCUGCUCAUUGGCGCGCUCGCCGUCACCUGGCCCCGCGGGCUGGCGGGGCUGCCCCGGAUGCAGCUCAUCGUCGGGCCCAAGCGCUACCUCGCGGAGCCGCCCUCUGGUGCGCUCUCUGCCGAGGAGAGGCGGCGCCUCGAGCUCGCCCUGGCCUCGGCAGACGCUCGCCCGCCGGGGCUCUCCCGCGCCACGAAGCCCCCGAGCCGCAUGCGCCUUUGGCGGCAGGCGGAUCUCGUCGGCCCCACCGAGCGGAUGGCCGAAUUUGCGGUUCUCGCGGCGCGGCUGGCCGGCGGGUGGCUCAGCUCCACCUUCGCGACGCAAAACACAUUUGCACGACUCGCGGAGCUCAGCGAGCCGGGCGAGGGCGAGGGCGAGGGCCGCUAUCGCUGCCGCGGGCGCAAGGUGAAGGGCGAGUGGGUGGGCGUCGAGUACUGCCGCACCCCGACGGCGAGCCAGGCGCGGUCCGGGGGAGAGGCUGCCGAGAUGCCGGCGAGGGAUGACGAGGGCGUGGACCGGCUCUGCGGCGAGGACGACCCGGCGCUGCCCGCGUGCCGCGCCAUGGUCCGCCGAAUCGCUGCCGACGAUCACUGGUUGCACGACGCCGCCGUCGCCCGCUUCGAGGCGACGCUGGCCGCGCACGAGGGGGGUGACUUUCGGCGCGAGGUGGCCGCGCAACGCGACAACGCCGCGGCGCUCGAGCGGCGCGAGCUCGAGGCGUGA